AUGACACCGUCUACGCCAGAACUAAAGUUAGCGCCUAUCCAGCCGCCGCAUGAAAAGUCGUCUGCCGUAUCGUCCGGGCAGACGUUGCCGCCGCUGUCUUCUCUCACUGGUGCCCAAGCCCCUCCUCCUCGCCAUGUUCCCUUGCCGAACUCGCCAGAGCCUUCGCAUCCCGCUCCCUUCUCCAGAGCGACAAACCACUGGCCCAGUUUAAACCCUUUCACCGCUUACUACUCACCGAGCCACCUCCAGUCCCCCGAACCGGCGUUUUUAAGCAUGAACUCGGACAGGAGCUCUGAGCCAAGGGCUGCCAGCGUGAGCCUGGAUGACCCCGAUGUGAGAAUGGCCGCCGAGGCACUGGGCCACCUGAAGACAGAUUUUAUGUCUUCCCCUCGCACUCUGGCCAGCCCUCAACCAUCCAUGCCCGGCGACGGCAGGGCGUCCAGGGAUUACAAGACAUCCACUCCUUUGCUCGGCAGCAGGAAUUCCAAUCAGCCGGAGCCAGAGCCCCUCCUUUCGUUGAUCACAACAUCGUAUCCUGUGCUCGCGACCACCAUCGAGGGCGCCGCCUCCGCGUACAACAGCAGUAAAAACUACUCACCUCACCUCAAGUCGAGCGCGGAAUACGUCGAAAGUUACCUCAACCCUGUUGCCAAGGCUGUUGGUAAUGUGGGUCGGAAAACCGGCGUUGAGGGUGGUGUGAGGUGGAUUUUCGGGAGACGCAGCAGAAAACAACAAUCGGCUUCAGAUAUCGAGACCGGCGAACGGGGAAACCACAAGCGGCGCAAGGCUGAACGGGACGAUACAGGGCUCAAAAUUCCAGAUGGUUUGCCGCAGGAUUUUGGCACGAGCAAUGACGACCGACGUAUGUCAGUCAGCACGGUCGACACUCUUCCCGCCUACGAUGACCAGAGAUCACCUGCGUAUACCGAGACCGCCGAUGGGCAACCGCCGCCGGGAUACAAUCCCACCGCUUCCGGGCAGCCAUGGAGCCGCCGUCUUGUCGUGACGACUUCUGGGCUCGGGGUUGCUAUGAAGCAAGAAAGUCUGAGAAGCUUGAAGUACUGCCUCAAGGUUCUGAAGGACACGAAUGGGUAUAUCGGCGAGCUUCUUGUCACUCUGAAGAACACCAUUGAUGAGUACGAUCUCGCAGCCCAGAAGGAUGGUGAGGAUCACGCCAUGGCGGACGGUCGCGACCCGGCCCCUCGCAGUGUUCCGGACCGCAGCAAACUCAUCUCGCGCAUGACUGAGCUCCGAGACGAUCUUUUCCGUGCAAUCCAGCGCACGGUUCAGACUAUCUCCAAAUACGCUGGCAGCGCUCUUCCCGAAAACGCAAGGAACGUUGUUCACCGCCAACUCAUGAGCCUUCCCGGGCUGUACCAGCUCCAUUACGUGCGGGAGUCAUCCGGGGCGCGGCGCGAGAACACCACUCCAGAGGCAUGGUCGCGCGAGCGAGCCCACCUGGCUCUACUCUUCGCGAGGGAGGCGCUCCAGAUGAUGACGCAAGUUGCCGACGUCCUCAACAGGACCCUCGUGAGCGCAGAGGAAUGGUGCGAGACAUUGUACAAGAAGAAAUCCGAGCAAGCGGAUUCUCCCAUGGGCAGUACGGAGCCUGUACCGCCUCCCGCCGGCGCCAGCCAAGAUGUCACGAUGUCUGGCUGA